UGAUGUUGAGUUUGCUGAGUUCUUUAUUGUGUUGUGAUAUGGAACUGAGUAAAACGUUUUAUCACAUGAAUAUUUCUUAGGAACACUAACUAAGUACAUUAACUACAGUUGAAUGGAAUAUAUUAAAUAUGUUUAAAUUCUUAAAAAUGAAAAUACUUUUGUGAUCAAAUGGCGUGCAUAUUUGUUGACAUGUUUCUUAGCAAAGGAUGUUUAUCAAGGUUUUUAUUUACUUAUCUACAAAAUUUACGAAUUUAAAAAAGAAUAUAUGACUUUGUAACAUGAUAUAAGCAAAAUCUGAGCUGUAAUCCGAUUCUUAAAGGUCAACUAACAAGAUGUACAAGCAAGUUAAAAUUGAACAUAAACGAGUAUUUGAACUUCUUGAAAAAUUGAGGGAUCAAUGUUUAUUAAAAGGUGUUGGUGGAUUAAAAUCACUAGCUGUUGCUUUCAGAAGAAUGGAUACUGACUUUUCAAAGUGUUUGUGCUAUCAAGAGCUUGAAGAAGGAUUGAAAUUGUAUGGUAUUGAAUUUGAUAAAAGCGAUCUCCGAAUGUUAUUUGAUUCAUUUGACAGGGAUAGAAAUAAAAAGAUAGACUUUCUAGAGCUUAUUGCUAAACUCAGGCCUCCUAUGUCCAAAGUUAGAAUCGAUGUCAUAAACGAAGCAUUUGAUUUGUUAGAUGCAAACAAAGAUGGUGUUUUAAAAUUGGAAGAUUUGAAGAUCGUCUAUUCUACCAACGCAAGAAGACAUCCAAAGUUUGUAUCCGGUGAAUGGACUGAAGAGCAGGUGCUCCGGAACUUCUUGGACAGUAUCGAUACACCUGGAAAUCCGGAUGGUAAAGUGACACGUGAAGAAUUCAUGAACUAUUAUGCUGGUGUCAGUUCAACCGUUGAUGAUGACAGCUAUUUCGAUCUUAUGAUGCGGGCGUGCUAUGGCUUGCCAAACAGAGGAUCGUGAAACAAAGAACAGAAAUAUCAACUAAUAAUUGUUUAUUAUGUUUUUGAUUUGCUAUGGUUCGCCAAACUUUAAUAUUAUCAAGCUAUGUAUGUUAGAAAGGGUAAAAUCAUUUUUAAUAUAAGAAUUGGGAACUACUUCUAGAAAAGAAAUGGAAAUUAAUAGUAACUUAUUGUUUAAACUUAUCUAAAAAUAUGUCCAUUAGUCUUGAUUGUAAAUAAUUUAUAUAUUUAAAAGGCUUAGCGUGAUAUUCAUAUCUAAACAUUGUUAUUUAAAAAUGGUUCUUUAAUUCAAUUUUAUUCUUAAGAACCACUGUAAUAAUAUUGCCAUGCAAUAAGAUACUUAAAAAUAAUGUAUUGAACUAUGUUGAAUAUGUUAAACAAAAUAAAAGUUAUCGUUGUACUGUAAAAAAAGUUAAACUUAAUUGUUUUAGUCCUGUACUUCUAAUAUAUCAUAUUGUCUAAAGAAAAUAGCAAAGAUUCCGCAGACCUUAACUUCAUCCAGGUGUAAAUGGAUACCCGUGAGGACUGGCCAAUAUGUUAGCUGUUAAGGGCGCGACAUUGAGACAAUUAAAUGUCAUAAGUCCUCACUGUUUUCGUAGUUAUGCGCUUAAUUUCUUAGAUUAAUUACAAGUAUGUGAUACGAUUUAAUAUUAACAUGUCAAUUCUACAUCAGAAAAUAUAUUUUUGAACUUUAAUUACUAUUAAGGAUUUGUUAACAACAUUUUGCUACUCUAGCGCAUAGAUGUGUACAUUUAUAAGUAAAUAAUGUAUCAAUUUAAUUGUUGAGGAAUUAUCUUAGGUUUUGAUUAAAAAACACGUGCAUGAAAAAGUCAUAACAUUUAAGACUGAAAUACCAAU